CAGAUUUGCAGCUUACCGACAACUUUGAAGUUAUGGAAAGGGCCGAUCGUCAGGUCAAUAACUAUGAUGGAUCCCUUGGAGACAAUGAUAUCCAAAGUACUUCUACACGAAAUACACACAACAUUGAGGAAGAUGGAUCAAGUUGCCAUCAGUCUAGUCGUGCUGCUCACAUUUCUGGCAUGUAUGAUGGAGAUGAAAGCAGCUACAUGUCUGACACAAGUGAUGGGGAAUUUCUGUUCUCUGAUACUUCUCUGGCUAUAAGUUUAUCAGAAAAUGAAUCAGAUUUUAUUGUUUCUCUUUCGAGGUCUGGCAGUGUGAGAAGCCAGUCAGAAGAUACAGCUGAAGAAGAUGACUUGAGGAGAAGAAUCAGGAAUCCCAUUCAAAAGAGAAGGAAAUCCAGACAAGACGGUUCACGCGUAUUUCAGAGAGCUUUAGAUAUGAUAAAAAACCAAGAUAUGACCAGACUCAGGGAUAUGUGCCAACACAAUUUCUUUCAUCUUAGCUGUACGGAUAAAGAAGGGAAGACUCUCUUACACCAUGCAGCCACUCACGGGAGUGAACACACCUGCCAGGUCCUCCUUGAUUCGAACGUAGGGUUGAUGAAUAUAAACAAACAAGAUAUCUUUGGAAAGACAGCUUUGCAUUAUGCGAUGCAAACUGGUAAUAAUAAGACAAUAAAAUUACUGCUGAUCAAAGGGGCAAAGUCUGCGUACGAAAUCCAGAACAGCUCUGGGCCUUGCACUUUGGAAGAUACAGGAAGCAUGAGAACAGGUUUGAGUUAAAAAUAAUAAAUAAAAGAAAUAGUGCAGGGUUCACUAUAAAGAGUACAAUCUUUUACCUUAUUAUGAGCUCCUCUUUAUACAUCUCUUUCAAAUUGGCAACAAAAAUUGUGUACGAUGUGUGUUUUGUGAGAGCAUCAAUGUUAAUCCUGAAUGUUUAUGCAUAUUACACCUGUCAAAUAAAUGGAUACAAGUGUGUUA